AUGGGGAAUGGAGGAAAGAAAGGGAGGGUAGGAAGAGAGAAGAGGAGGAGAGAGGAGAGAAAGGAGGAAGAGAGGGAGAGAGGAGACACGAAAGACAAGCUAGAGUCAUUUGCUUCGGUCAUAUCAGAUCAGUCAGAUGAGUACAACUAUUAUAAUGAGAGUGAUGUUUCUGAUGACAUGUUUAUCUGCCCAUUGUUGGAAGCAGAUAUGAAACGGUUUAAAGAGAUCUUUGGUGAUGAUUCUUUAACUUUCAGAGAACUUGGCUCAAUAGAUGACAUUGAUGUUGAACUAAAUAUCGACAUGCACAUUUUGGAGGAAGACAUAGCCCAGGCGUGGAAAGUAAAUCGGGAUAUACCUGUAGUCGUUCGUGUACAUCUUUCAAUGUCUCACUACUUGGAUUCAGGAGUACCAAGAAUUGAAGUCUUUCAAGUUUCAGAUAAACCUUUUGGACUUGGAAGUCAACUAAAAAAGAUCAUAGAAGGCUUUCUUUGCAAGUCAUGGAAAUCUUUGUCAACUGAGGCAGUUAAAGAAGCAGUCGAAAAGGGACGUCAUGCCUGUGAUCAAGCUGAAUUUGCAGGAAAUGGCCAAAGUGACGAGGCAAUAGCAAAACUAGCUGAGAUGGGAUUUAGUGUAGAAACAGCUUCACAAGCACUGAGAACACAGGGAGAUGUUUGCAGUGCUCUCAAUGCUCUUCUAACCAAUCCAGAAAGGUGCAAUCCCACACAACCAGGUGCUAUUACAGUAGAUUUUAUGACAAGAAGAGUAUCAGAAAGAGAUGAAGUGGCACUUGAUCUUGUGUCUGGGAUGGCAACAAGUGGGAGGAAUCCUAAAGCAUUGCCUUCUUUCGAGCAUGGCUUCUUAGUUCAAAUGGCUACGUAUUUGCUGCAAAGAAUACCGACUCUGAAUGAAUUCUGUGUAAUAUGUGAUGAGCCCCAUGUUUUCAAAAAUGGUGCAAUGCUGAAGCCUUCGGUUUGCUCUCGAGAGCUAUGUGUCUUUGGGUAUCAACAACUAGGUGUUAUGGCAGAUGCUGCUGAUGAUAUUGCUACUGGUGCUGAGGUAGUUGACUUGCUGGUUGCUAUGGCAUCAGCUGCAGUUGAAAGUAAUCGUAAGGCUAUUAUCUUUGAUCCAUUUCCAACAGUUGUGAACCCUCGUAAUCCAAAGGAAUUCGCCUUUCAUCCACAGAAAAAGGAUUAUGACAGGUUAGUAGCAGCCCUCAAUGCUCUUCCUUCUAUGAGAGAGAUAUUGCAGAUACCAUCAUUUGAUGCCGUAAGACUUUCUCAUCUUCCCAAGCUUUUGCUGCUGCUCCUGCAUAACAUGCUGCUUGCAGUAAAUAUGACGGCUGCAGCGAGAUCCUCACAGUUACAUCGCAAUAUGCUUGUAAACCAUAUUGAAAGUUAA